AUGCGCAGUUUCUGGCUGAAUCUUCAGGAUGCUGUUGAGGGCACACCUCUUUUGGUAGCGCCAGCAAAGGGAGGUGCAAAAGGUGAGUGCCUUCGUUGCUACUACAUACGCCGUGGUUCUUUCAAAGAUCUGGAUGCUGCUGAGCUGCGGACUUUGAUUUUCAAGAACCCUGCUUUGAAAACAAAGUUCAGGUCCCUGCGACGACGCCACAUAAAGCUUACAACACGCAAUCCAGGAUCACGCCCCAGGCAUGAAUCCGUGGACGUCAAGCACUACACAGAGCGCAAAGAUGAAUCAUACUGUGACAUAUACCAGGAAGGCGAGAGGAUGGCGCUGACAGAUUACAUCAACACCAAAAUCACUGAUGAACAGAUUCGCAAAAAGUUGAAGACGGUUGCGCAGAAGAAAGCCUAUGUUUCCAAUGAUGACAUGGGAACAGAAGGAGUUAUCAUUGUGGCAUCAUCGAGCACCAAGAAAGUUCGAAUGGGCAGCCGUGUCUCUGCGUCACAAAUCCGCCAAGAAGAGCAUGAGAACUCAGCCGCCGCCAAGUCCAAGCAGGAGAAGAACAAGUUGAACAACCAGAUGCAGGUAAACACGAAGGACGGACUGCUCUCACUACCCACGUCUCUCUAUCUUUUCACGCUUUCUCUUGACAACUUUUUGUGCCAAGUUUUUUGCUAA